AUGAGCGCUGGGCGCAAUGAGGCGGCUUGCCUGGACAAGCCAAGGCAUGUCAAGUACUGGACGAGAUGCCUGAAGACAUUGCUGCCACACCAUUAUACUGGCAAUGAGAGCAAUCGAAUGUAUCUGGCCUUUUUCAUAAUUUCGGCUUUGGACCUUCUGGACUCAUGGCAUUCUAUGACCAACGAACAAGAACGAAAGGACUAUGUAGACUGGAUCUACCAUUGUCAACAUCCCAAGGGCGGUUUCCGCAUGUGGCCCGGAACUGACUUCGGCGUACUGGCUAACGAGGACAACGCCAGAUGGGAUCCUGCGAAUGUGCCAGCAACAUACUUUGCUUUGUCAGCACUGUUGGUCGUGGGCGAUGAUCUCAAACGCGUCAAGCGGAGAGAGACGCUGGACUGGUUGCGGCAGAUGCAGCGGGACGACGGAUCUUUUGGUGAGACGCUCGUGCAUGGAGUAGUAGAGGGUGGCAUGGACCCACGCUUUGGCUAUUGUGCUACUGGUGCAAGGCGCAUUCUGCGUGGCGAUAUCGAAGAUGGUCCACUAACCAUUGACGGCGUUGUUGUUGAGGACAUCGAUGUGGACAAGCACGUCAAGUGUGUUCAGCUCGCAGAGAGCUUUGACGGUGGUCUCGCGGAUCAGCCCUUUCACGAACCACAUGCAGGCUACACCUUCUGCUCCUUAGGCUGUCUGAAGUUCAUCGGCCGUUUAAGAACAUCGGGAGAGGAUGACAGGUCAAGACCGACUGGACCUUCGGAUCUGAACUUGACGUUGAGCUGGCUUGUCAAUCGGCAAACGGAUCUCCUUGACCCUGAUGCGGAAGACGAAGAUAUCACUGAGAGUGCAGCAUUGCAAGACGGCAUGGAAGAGAAGCCAAAGUUGAUCUCUGACCCUGAUACCCCGAUCCACCAAAGUCCUGACAAGUCAACCGUCGACCCUGCAGAUGUUAUGACACCCUUCGGGCCAGUGACCCUGGAAGCUGGCAUGAACGGCCGCACAAACAAAGUAGCAGACACUUGCUACGCCUGGUGGACCUGCGGCGCGUUACACAUGCUGGAUCAGCCCACCUUAUACAACAAAGAGCUCAUCGAAAACUACCUGCUUGGUAAGACCCAGCACUCUGCUCUCGGUGGCUUCGGCAAGUACCCCGGCGAUCUACCAGAUCUCUACCACAGCUACCUAGGUCUAGCAGCGCUAGGUCUAGGGAAUGUCGAUGGCAUCAAGGCUGUGUGCGGAACAAUGUGCAUUAGCAAAGAAGCAAGUGCUAGAGUGCAUAGCCUGUGGGGGGACCCCGAACAAUGA